UUAUGAAUCAAUUUGGAUCGUCGUAUUUGUUUACAUUAACAAAAAAAAAAACACUGACGUGUUGUUAAUUUUAUUUUUCCCAAUACCGUUUACCUUUAGUCAACGUUUUUUUUUUUCCACCAAAGUCCCCAAAUACACAUUUACGUUUAAAGUUUAAACCUUUCACUGGAACCUCUGUUUCAGACUCUUUUCUUUGUUAUACUUUUUUUGGUUUUGUUUUUUUUUAUAACCAAACUACCAUGCGAUUUGUCGCGCCACCACCUCGUUCCGGCGAUAUCUCACCGUCUCCUUCACCAUCUUCCGGUUUAACAGAAGAGAUUCUCUCCCGUUCAUCAGAUCCUCCUUUGGAGUUUAGUCCUCCAUUGAUCGCCAUGGUGGUGAUUCUAGCCGCCGCUUUUCUAUUCGUAACUUACUCUCGUCUCAUCUCCCGCCGUUUUCUUUCACCUCUAUUCCGUCGUUUUAGACGGUGGCGAUGCCGACGGCGCCGUCUACUUCACCUAUCUUCAGCUUCCUCUGCUUCAACUUCAUCCUCUGAUCUCCGAUCGUUUUCCCCUUUCCCUUUCGACUCUUUUCAUUACUCUUCUUACUCUCCUUACGGAUUAGAUGAUUCCGUUAUCAAAACGCUACCGCUAUUUCUCUACUCCGCCGCCGCUUGCACCGGGAAAACCGCUGUUGGGAAAACCUCCGCCGCAAAUUGCAGAGAUUGCGCUGUUUGUUUGUUGGAAUUCGAAGAAGGUGAUUAUGUACGAACACUUCCGUUAUGCUUCCAUGCUUUUCACCUUGAAUGCAUCGAUGAAUGGCUCCGAUCUCACCCUAACUGUCCGUUAUGCCGUACGGCGAUUCUCGGAUCCGCCGCUGCCGGAGUUAUAACGCCUAUGUCUCCGUUCGUUCCGUUAAUGGCUCCUCGAAUUCGUCCGAGCCUCGAUGAUGAUGCUGAGACUAACGCGAUCAUCAUCCGCGGCGAAAUCACACCGUCGCGGAGCAGUUGGAACACAGUCGCUGCUGCGGCGGUGACGACGAACGAUCAGGAGAUCACAGCGUCGGUGGAAGAGCAAUCAUCACCGGCGAUUUCUCGGUUCCGGGAGCUGAAGAGAUCGUACUCGUUCGAAUGCGAGAGAGAAUCUGAAUCAGAGAGAGUAACGAUGGAGCCAGCAACGGCGUCUCCAUGGAGAUACCGGAGAUCUACAUGGAACAAACGUCAAUCACCGUUCGGAAACCUAAUUUCGAAAUCAAGAGUAUUCUCGUUCCGUUACUACAGAAGCACGAAAUCACCGUUCUUCCGGCGGAGAUCAUCGGCGGGAGUGUUUUACCCGAUAUCGGAACGGAUCCCAGCGACGGGAAGCUCAUCGCGGCGGACGAAAUCAAUGACGAGUCCGAUGUUCUUCAGAACAGCACCGCACUCAUCGAGCCGGUUAAGAUGCGGAGAUCCAGAGGCACUGUUAUCACCGGAGAGAUGGAGAAGAAGGGACACGUGUAGGGUAGAGAUGUAAGACGAAAUUUGGACGGUGGUGAUGAUAAAAAAAUUGAAGUGGAAGGAGAGAGCAUUAAUGGAAUGUGGGGUUUAAGCAUUUAAUGGAAUUAAAAUGAACGAAACAGAGAAGAUAGAGAGAUUCAGAAAUUGCUCAGCUGCUCGCAACAAGACCAGAGACGCCAAGACGAUGAAGGUUUUGGAGCCUGUACGGUGGCGUUUUGGGUGUUUCGUUUGUCGUUUCUUUUCUAUUGGAGUUAUCAAAAUGCAUUUAACUUCCAAAGCUGCCAAAGUUAUUAUAGAAACGAAAGUCAACAAACCCAUUAAAUUUCGUUUCUAUAAUAACUUUAUGUCGCUGAACUUUCUAAUUAGCUGUCGAUUAAAUUUUUGACCCGCCAAAAUAAUUGAUGAUUUUAACAUUUUGAUGAA